AUUUUCAAAGUGAGCCAGUCACCAUCGACAUGGAAAGUAGCUGUCCACAGUUCUACGACCCACAGCCACUUUUUAUCCCAAUGGAUAAGAGGACUACCAUCACCUUUAGUGGGAAGAAUCUUGAAAAUUUUCGGUUGGAAAGCUUCACUGCUGGUAAUGAUAACUCCAAUCCUAAGCUGAGGUUCUCGGAAUCUGUACAGAAAGAAGGUGACCAGUUCUCACUUCCCCUUCCACCGUUUUCGGUUCAAGACAAAGAGAUCGUUCCUCUGGAUAUAUUCAUUUUGUAUGAAAAAACGAAGGUUGAUAGCAAACUUAAUGUAAAAUUGUACAAUUGUUUUUUUGGAAGAAGUGACUGCAGCUUGUGCCUGGCCGCCAACGAGGAAUACCAGUGUGUUUGGUGUGACAACAAAUGUGUUUAUAAAGAAAUGUGCAGAAGUGUGCAUACAUCAGAGUGUCCUUCUCCUGUCAUCACAGAGUUUCAGCCAAAAGCUGCACCUUUGGAUGGAGGCAUACUGCUGACUAUAAUAGGCUCUAAUUUGGGCAUAAAAUCAGAGGAUGUAGAAGACAUUAAAGUAGCAGAUGUGAAUUGCGUAUUCAGGCCGGACAAGUACUCUGUUUCUACCAGGGUGGUAUGCGAGGUGGGAAAAUCGGAUACUGAAGCAACAGGAAACAUUGAAAUAAAAGUGAAGGGGAAGUCUGGAGUAUCACCAGGAAGCUCUACUUUCACAUACCAGCUUCCACAACCUAAAUUGGUAAGACCGCACGAAGGCGUGCUUGCUGGGGGCACACACAUAACGAUAACUGGAGAGAUGUUGGAAACUGGAUCUCAAAGUGAUGUCCGAGUGACUCUUGAUGAUAUCAACUGUGAAGUCAUCACAUUUGGUACAGACAUAGUCUGUGUUACAGGUGCAGGUAAAAAGGAAGGAGCUGUGAGAAUCAGGUUGCAUUAUGGCAAUUUCACAAAGAUAGAAGCCGGGCAGUUCUUUUACAGAAGGAAUCCAUCUAUCCACCAAUUUUACCCUGAAAAAAGCUUUGCCAGUGGAGGAAGAUACAUCACCAUAUCUGGUAUGGGAUUUAACCUUGUCCAGAAUUUCAGCAUGAUGGCGAUGAUACGGUCAAGAAGGGAGAAGAGACAGGUGGAUGGGGACGGUGCUCAAUUGAUAGAAAAGCAAGACAUCCUUGAGAAAGUCAAUGACACAGUGAUAAUAUUCUCCUCUCCACAAGUACCGGAACAUUUCCUGAACUCUGAGGUUAUCUCUUGGAUUAAAAUGGAUGGCUUUGAAUCACCUCUGCAGGCAGCUGACUUCUCUUUCAGUUACAUUGCCGAUCCCACUUUUGAUAACUUUACUGAUGGCAUCAUGAAGCAAGUGAAUAAUCUAAUUCAUGCCAAGGGAAAAGACCUGAAUGCUGCAAUGACAAUGCAAGAAGCUAAAGCGUAUGUUGGAGAAAGUAUUUGCAAGAUAAGUACUUUGACGUUAACAGAUUUAUACUGUGUUCCACCUGAAGAGCAGCCUCAACCCAGAAGACGCCAUAAGAGGGACACCACAGACAACCUGCCAGAGUUCACAGUUCAGUUUGGGAACAGAGAAUGGGUCCUGGGAAAAGUAGAAUACGGACAGUCUCCAGUAAUACCUCUGCAUAUCAUUAUUCCUGUGGUCCUCAUACCAAUGAUUUUAAUAAUUGGUAUAUCUAUUUAUUUCUAUCGGAGGAAGAGUCAGCAGGCCGAGAGGGAGUAUGAGAAAGUCAGGCAGCAGCUGGAAGGAUUAGAGGAAAGUGUCAGAGAUCGCUGCAAGAAGGAAUUUACAGAUCUCAUGAUUGAGAUGGAAGAUCAGACCAGUGACCUCAAUGAAGCUGGCAUCCCAAUUCUGGAUUACAAGACCUAUACAGACAGGGUUUUCUUCUGGCCAUCAAAAGAUGGAGAAAAAGAUGUAAUGAUCACUGGCAAACUGGAUAUUCCCGAAGCAAGACGCCAAACUGUAGAGCAGGCUCUCAAUCAGUUUUCCAAUCUCCUGAACAGCAAGUCAUUCCUGACUAUUUUCAUCCACACUCUGGAAAGCCAGAAAGACUUCUCUGCCAGGGAAAAGCUUUACUUUGCCUCACUGCUAACAGUUGCCUUGCAUGGUAAACUGGAAUACUACACAGACAUAAUGAGGACGCUGUUUGUAGAGUUAAUGGAUCAGUACGUGGCCAAAAAUCCCAAACUGAUGCUCAGAAGAUCGGAAACAGUUGUUGAACGGAUGCUUUCAAACUGGAUGUCUAUUUGCUUAUAUCAGUAUUUAAAGGACACAGCUGGUGAACAUCUAUACAAACUCUUCAAGGCAAUCAAACAUCAAGUGGAGAAGGGCCCCGUGGAUGCCGUCCAAGUUAAAGCUAAAUACACCCUGAAUGAUACAGGAUUACUGGGGGACGAUGUAGAGUACGCACAACUGACUGUUAACGUCCUUGUACAGGAUGAGGGCUCAGAGCCUGCACAAGUUAAAGUAUUAAACUGUGACACCAUCACACAAGUCAAAGAAAAAAUCAUCGACCAGGUUUACAAAAAUCUUCCUUUUACACAACGGCCGAAAGCAGACAGCUUAGCACUGGAAUGGAGGCCUGGUUCAACAGCACAAAUCCUUUCCGAUUUGGAUCUAACCUCCCAGAAGGAAGGUAGAUUGCGGAAGAUUAAUACACUAAUGCAUUACAAUGUUAGGGAUAACGCCACUCUUAUUUUAUCAAGAAUUGGAAUUUCUCAGCAACAAGAAGAGACUCAUCAAGAUUUUCCAGGAGAAAGGCAUGCGCUGCUAGAAGAUGAAAACAAAGUAUGGCAUCUUGUCCGACCAGCAGAUGAAGUAGAUGAUAGCAAAUCCAAGAGAGGAAGUAUGAAGGCAAAAGAGCAAACGAAGGCCAUUACAGAAAUCUACCUGACAAGGCUUCUCUCUGUUAAGGGUACUCUCCAACAAUUUGUAGAUAACUUCUUCCAGAGUGUCCUUAACUCCAAUCAAGUGGUACCACCAGCUGUGAAAUAUUUCUUUGACUUUUUGGACGAACAAGCUGAGAAGUAUGACAUUAAAGAUGAAGAUACUGUUCACAUAUGGAAAACAAACAGCUUAUCGUUAAGGUUUUGGGUUAACAUCCUGAAGAACCCUCACUUCAUCUUUGAUGUACACGUCCACCAAGUAGUGGAUGCAUCCUUGUCAGUCAUUGCACAGACCUUCAUGGAUGCAUGCAGCAGGACAGAGCACAAGCUGAGCAGAGAGUCCCCCAGCAACAAAUUGCUUUAUGCGAAAGAGAUCUCCACAUACAAGAAAAUGGUGGAAGACUAUUUUAAAGGAAUCCGUCAGAUGGUACAAGUCAGUGACCAGGACAUGAACACACACUUAGCAGAAAUUUCAAGGGCACAUACAGAAUCACUAAACACGGUUGUAGCGCUACAUCAGCUGUAUAAGUAUACAAAGAAAUAUUAUGAUGAGAUUAUAAAUGCUCUAGAAGAGGAUCCAUCAGCACAGCGCAUGCAGUUAGCAAUCCGGCUACAACAGAUAGCAGCCGCCCUAGAGAAUAAAGUCACCGACUUAUGAUUGGGAAUAUUCAGACAAGCAAAAACGAUGUUGACAGUUUUUCUUCCUAAGGAAUAGAGUGUUAUAUUUUUAAAAUGUCAUUUUUGCCUUUUUUUAAUUAGACCUUUUUGUCUUGCACACAGUAUACAGAGGAAAAAAAUGUUUUUAAUGUAAAUUAUGCCUCAAAUGAAACCUGUGUUCUAUGUGGGGAGGGACAUUUUUUAUAACUCAUGUAAUUAUACAAUGCUGUCAACAAGGUUGACGUUUUAAAAUUAAUUAUGCAAGCAUAACUAUAUUUGUAGCGUCAUUUCAAGUAAAGCAAUAGGUGGAAUAAACCAUCAUUUCACUACAUUAGGACAUUGAGUCUCCUAGUUGUCCCCAAGCUUUCUGUUUCAGUAACCGGACAAGUCAUGUGAACGUCUUAUAGACCUUUCCAUUGUCCACAAAGUGCCACUAGGGAUAUUGCAGUGCACUGCAUUGCUGCCAAGCUUUUAAUGAGUUCUGAAAAGCUGCCAAUGGAUGUGAAACUUAAAGGAAGCACAAAUUAAUCGACUUUUUUUAUUAUUGUUCUGAAAAUUAUUUUAUAGAAACAUACAUUCUGAUGUGCCUUACAUGUACCAGUUAAUGAAAGACUGAAGAUACAUGAUUUUGUUAAAGAAAAAAGAAUAUAGAUUUAUUUAUCACUGAUUUUUUUUUUUUUCUUGUGACCAAAUGUAAUUAUUUGUGUGUCAAUGAAGUACAAGUUGACAUGAUUAUGUAAAGAUUUAAUAUGUUUAUCGUGUAUUAAAAUGUUACUGGAACUUUUCAUCUGAUUCUGGUAGCAUAGUCAAACAAAGCACCUUUAUAUUGUAUUUGUACAUUAGGAAUGUAUACUGCAAUAUGUGAUCUUAGACCACAGCCCACAUCUGAUUGUACACAUCAGUACUCCAAUAAAGAGUCUCACAUCUCAUAUUUUUAAUGGA